GUGAAGUUUGCGUUUUCUCGAUCCGGAAAGCCCUACGUGUGGAGCAUCGACAACGUGGACAACCUUGCGCAGGUCUUCGGCCCCGUCAUGCACACGCUGGCGUCCUACCCGGGCGCGAAACUGUGGCAGUUGAUCAGGUUGUCGACCCUGAACCUCCUGACAACUUCCGGCACGGCCGCCUAUUUUUCCCCGG